GAGGAGGUAGUGAGGAGGGAGGCCUCGCCGGGCCAUGGCGACCUGAGCCGGGAGACGCGUCCCCUGCCGGCGGGGAUUGGGCGACUAGGAGGAGAACGAGGAGGAGGAGGACGAAGAGGGAGAAGAGGUGGAGGAGGAGGUGGAAGAGGAGGAGGAGGAGGAAGGAUGUGGCGGACCGCGCUGCUCGUCGCCUGCGGCGCGUCCGCGGCGCCGCUGUCUGCCCCGGGCGUGGUGCGGGCAGUGGGCUGGGCGACCUGGGCUGAACCAGCGCUGGUGCUGUCUGUGUGCGGCCUGGUCUUCCUGUGCGUCCUGCUGGUCGCCUGCUCCUGGUGCCUGCCAAGAGCCAUCCCGUUUAAGGAGUUUGAGGACCCGCUGGCGGACGAGUUUGGCGCCGAUGAUUUCAUUCCACCCGGAGAGGACACCCCCUCGCACCACGCAGGCCCCCUCGCCGCCCCCGGGUCUCCUGCUGGAGGCGACGACGGUGGCCGACGUGUACACGCUGCCCCGGCACCACGACCAGCAGCACCACGACGGUGGUCACACAGCGGCUACCGUCAACCGGCAGAACAUCAGCUACCUGCAGGAGCUCGGCAGGGGCUGGUUCGGCCAGGUGUUGCUGGGUGAGGUGUGCUCACAGCCGGGGGUCGGCCCUGUUGCCGUGCGUCAGCUGGAGCCUUCUGCCCGUCUCUCCGAGCAGACCCGCUUCCUACACGAAGUGCAGCCCUACAGGGCGGUGAGGCACGAGCAUGUGCAGCGCUGCGUGUGUGUGUGCACCGAGGCCGUGCCGCUGCUCGCGAUCAUGGAGUUCUGCCCCAUGGGGGACGUCAAGUCGUACCUGGCGGCGCGGGCCGGCGCCGGUGGGGCCGGCGAGACCGAGCGGUGCCGCAUGGCCCGGCAGGUGGCGGCUGGGCUGGCUCACCUGCACCAGCAGGGCUUCGUGCACCGGGACCUCGCCCUCAGGAACUGCCUGUUGAGCACCGACCUCACGGUGAAGAUCGGCGACUACGGCAUCGGUCUUGACAAACACCCGGACGACUAUGUGGAUCUGGGAGUGGGUGACCCCGUGGCCGUGCGGUGGCUCGCCCCGGAGCUGCUGCUCAACCUCAACGCUCAACCCCGCGCCGCCCCACAGAGCGCCCCGGGGAACGUGUGGGCGCUGGGAGUGACGCUGUGGGAGCUGCUCGAGUCCGGCGCUCGUCCCUAUGGCUCCAUCUCCGACGCGGACGUGCUCUCGGCUCUCGCUCGCGACUCCCUGCCGCGCCUCCCGCGACCCGCACUGCGCUCCGCCAACACCGAGCAGUGGUACGAGGUGCUGCUCUUCUGCUGGCUGGGCAAGGAGCAGCGCCCGUCUGCUAGCGAGGUGCACCAGCUGCUCGCGCACCUUCAGGGGGACAAGCAGCAGCAGCAGGAAGAGGAGGAGGAGGAACACCGGGAGCUCUUGCAGCAAGCGGCACUGCUUGAAGCGCAGCCCCAGCAGCAGCCGCAGCAGCAGCAGCAGCAACAGCAGAGCAGCUUCGAGGAGCGGUGGAACGCGCUGGCGCCGCCGUCGCAACUGCCGGGGGGCCUCGAGCAGCAGGCCGACCUAGCCGGCCUCACCGCGUAUUUCCCGCCAUCGCCCGCCGUCACCGCCGCCAGCGCCGGCGGCGCCGGGUUGGGUUCCGCCUUCCCUCUGCUGCAGCCGAUCGGGGGGAGAGCGUUGCCGCAGGGCGCCGCGUGCGAGCGGCCCGGCGCCCUGGAGGCGAGCUGGUGGGAGCCGCCACCCGUAGGUCCCGUCGGCACCGCCGGCACCGCCGCCGCCACCGCCGGAGGAGGAAACCCGUUCCUGGAGCGGCUGGAGCUGGCGCCGGGUCCGGAGCGGCGGGUCUCACCGGACCCCGUGCCGGCCGUGCCCGUAGGCACGAGAGCGGUGACCCUGGGCGGUUCACACCUCGGCGAGUCCAGUACCGACCCCGGCUUGAACGGCGCCUUGUGGGAUCACGCGGCGGGCGCCGGUGCCGGCGGCGGCGGCACCAGUGGUGCGGCGCGGGACCCACUGCUGGGGCUGCUCACCACCGAUCGGCUGCAGGACAACUACUACUACCUGAAGAACACGGCGCUCAUCAAAGAGUCGGCGCGAUCGGGGGGGGUGCAGGCGCGGGCGGCGCAAGCUGGAGGGGGGGCGGAGGCCUCGCUGUGGGGGGGAGGGGAGAACGCUCCGGCAGGGUUGGCCGCUUCGACCGGCACGGCCAGCCCACCCGACUCGACUGGCUCGAUGCAGCCACGCAGCGUGGCUAGCCCACCUGACUCAGCGCGUCCAUCCAAUUCAACGAGUCCACACUUGGCCUUGCCUCACUCGGCCAGCCUGCAUGGCUCAACCACCGUGGCUGACAUAUCCACUCUGCCAGACAAGACACAGCCCAGCUCAAUCAAUCAUCCUGACUCAACCCCCAUCAAUGACUCACUUUUGCUCGACUCAACACACCCACCUAACUCAAUCAGUCCACCUCACUCAACCUCCAUGGCUGACUCACUUUUGCUUGACUCAACAGACCCACGGAAGUCAACCAGUCAUCCUGACUCAACCACCAUCAAUGACUCACUAUUGCUCGACUCAACAGACCCCCGGAACUCACCCAGUCAUCCUGACUCAACCACCAUGGCUGACUCACUUUUGCUUGACUCAACAGACCCACGGAACUCACCCAGUCAUCCUGACUCUACCUCCAUGGCUGACUCACUUUUGCUCGACUCAACAGACCCACCAAACUCAACCAGUUCACCUCACUCAACCACCAUCAAUGACUCACUUUUGAUUGACUCAACAGACCCACCGAACUCACCCAGUCAUCCUGACUCAACCUCCAUAGCUGACUCACUUUUUCUCGACUCAACAGACCCACGGAACUCACCCAGUCCACCUCACUCAACCACCAUCAAUGACUCACUUUUGCUUGACUCAACAGACCCAUGGAACUCACCCAGUCAUCCUGACUCAACCACCACGGCUGACUUAGCCCCUCUCGCUGACUCAACUUAUCCACCCCGAUCAACCAGUCCACUGGGUCCACCCCCUCUGGUCGACUCGCCCGACUCAACCGUUGUCCCUCGCUCAACCCAUCCACCGGAAUCCUCUCACCUGCCGGAGUCAUCCCUUCCCACGGAAUCGACCAGUCCACCUGACUGGAACCUUCUUAGUCACUCAGCCAGUCCAUCGCACUCCACCCCUCUUACCGCUCCCACACGUCCACCCGACUCAACCGCUCUGCUUGAACCGACCCUUCCCUCGGAGUCGGUCACUCCGGCCGAUGUAACAUGUCCUCCCAUCUCGACCCAUCUACCCAAGUCCACCGCUGUGCCAACCACUCUCGCAGAGUCGACCCCCCGGACCAACUCAACCUCUCCGCCUGAAUCUACUCUCCGCCCAGCCUCAUCCGUUCCCGCUACAUCAGUCACUCUCGCAGAGUCGACCGCACGGACCAACUCAACCGUUCCACCCGAGUCCACCCCUCCACCUGCCUCCUCCUUUCCCUCCGCAUCAAGCACCCCCGCAGAGUCCACCACCCCACCCAUCAACUCGACCUCUCCUCCACCCUCCUCCACCCCGCCGAUUGACCCGACCCCGCCACCCAACGGGGUGCGGGUGGGGAGGGAGGUCCUCUUGCCGAGUCGCCCGCCGCCUCCACCGCCACCCGCCACGGCCGUGCCCCCCCACGUGACCCCCCACGUGACCCCCCACGUGACCCACCACGUGACUCAGGAGGAGCUCAACACCAACAACAACAACCGGUGGAGUGGCGGUGGCGGCGGCGGCGUCGGGGCCCUGCCCGCACCGCCGCCCAACAACGACUGGAGCCUGUUGCCGGACCUGACGCCACCGUCGCCGCUCACGUCGCCCAGCAUCGGCGACCCGCGCGACGAGCUCGACGAGGCCGGCGAGGGAGAGGGCAAGUUCGCGGCGAUGGUGCCGCCGGGCGUGCCUUUCCAGCAGCAGCAGCAGCAGCUCGUCGUGUGCCGGCCGCUGCUGCAGGCGGACGAACAGGCCGGCGUGCGCAAGUCGUUGUACCGCGACUCGGCGUACUUCUCCGACCUGGAGCUGGACAAGCACGGCGGGGGCGGGGGGGGCGCGGAGACGCCCGUGCCAGCCGGCGACGGCGACGACGACGGGACGAAGAGGAACGGCGCCGGCCCGGAGCGGCGGCACGACGUUGACGACGACGACGACGAUGACGACGUGUCGAGCGCCUCGUCGCUGGAGGAGGUUCUCACGGGCGGAACGGAGUCUCACGACGACGACGACGAUGACGACUUUGACGCGGGCGGCGUAGGCGGCGGUGCGGGGGACCGUGACGAGUUCUUGAACUCGAAUCCCUUCGAGGGGGGAUUCGUGGCUCCGGCCGGGAUGAGCGAGAGGGACGCGGGGCAAGCGCUCGGGGGGGAGACGGACGACGAGGUGACGGAGAACGACGGGACGGACGGGGAGACGCGGCAGGCCAAGCGUUCCGAGGCGGACGCGGCGGGGGGCGGCGCGGAAGAAGCGACGCAGCACGGGGACGACGGAAGGGACGCGAGGGGGGACGUGGGGAUGGCGGGACACGCCGGGGACGCGCCGGGGAACGGGGUCGCGGACGACGCCGCCGCGACGGAGACCCCCACCAACCCCUUCGACAUCCCCUUCAUCGACGCGGAAGACGGCGUGUCGGACGAGGAGGCCGUCAGCGGCGGGUACGGCCUGCGCCCGGGCCUGGACGACGACGAUGAGGACGACGACGAUGAUGACGAGGAGGACGACGAUGAGGAGGACGACGAGAGCUGGGACAGUGACGAGGACUGGGGCCCCGUGCCCGAGGUGGUGAUGGAGGAGGAUGUGGCGCGCGCGCUCAAGGGGCUGCUCAAGCGGCCACGGGGACCGGCGCACUCGCACGGCAAGCGCGUGCGCUUCUUCGACGACGUCACGGUGCAUCUCUUCAACAAGGCCUUUCCCACCAGCAGCCUGGUCGGCAGCGACGCGUGCGACCACGGCAAAAGCGGCGGCGCUAACAGCGUCGGCGGCGGCCGCCUGCACGUGACCGCAGGGGGAGUCCACGCCGGCGGCCCCCCCUCCCACCCCUCCCGCCCCGCCCGCCCACUCGGCGCGGACCGCUGCAGCUCAGACGACUCCUCCGAAGACGGAAGCGGCUUUGAGUGGGACGACGAGCUGAUGCCGGGGGGGAUACGGCCGCCCCCUGUGCUGCGAAUCGCGCGGCCCUCGCGGCCCCCCCCACCUCCCCCCCGCCACCGGCCCCCUGACCCCCCCACGGCGGCGGUCGCCCUGCCCCUCCGCCGGGCGCCCCCCGUGCCCCUCCUGCCCCCCGCGGCCAGCAUCCUCUCCACCUCCCCCCCGCGGCUCAAGCUGUCGGACCCCGCGGCCCUGAUCCAGUCUCGACUCAGCGGCUCCCCGGGGCUCUCCUUCACCCAUGUCAGCGAGUCCGACGUGGAGUCUCCUCCGGGAAGUAGCGAGGAGGGCGAUGGGAGCUGAGGUGGCGGUUGUGGCCGCCCCCCCCCCCACCCCCGCCGGCUCCCAUGUGGCCGACUCACGGCCGGCGCGUUGAGCGCCAUCGCUCGGAGCUUCACCGAGUGGCGGCGUAUUUCCGCACCCGGCACACCACAUCCAGUAUACACCUCGCUAUGGGCCUGUGGCUUAUUACGAGUCACGGGCCACCCACUGGGAAAUGUUCAGGGAGAGGUUGGCCUCCGGAGCGCGUUCGCACUCGCUCACGCACGCGGACACACACAGAGACAAAGAUCCCCCCCAUAGCCUUCAUCAACUGUUGGGGCAAGUGCUGUCAGCGAGCAACUAUGAAGCCCAGCGCAGUACACGAGGGGGUGGGUGCCCAGCACCACCCCAAACCACCCUUUGUCACACACACGCAGACAUACACACACACACGCGCACACACACAUACGUGCAGACACGCACACGUGUGCGACUGCAUGGAGGCACUCUAUGUUUCUUGAAUUUCUUUCGCACCGUACGUAGCCGUCGGUGCGGGUACAGAGCAAGUUUUUGUUGUCCUUCCCCGACUACGUACAAGAGAAUUUCAACACACAUACAAGUGGAACUGAUGCUGCUGCUGCUGUUGAUGCUGCUGCUGCUGAUGAUGAUUUUGUUGGUUGAGCGCCAUGCGUCUGUGCACUGUACGUGUGUGUACAGUGUAUAUAAAUAUAUAUAUAAUCUACGCUUUAUCAAAAUGCUUCAAACUGCGCCACUCUCCACCUCCUCUGUCCACCCAGAAGUACAAAUGGGUUCAUCACAGCCGAUGGGUAAAGUGUGGCCACUCCGACCUCUCCAAAGACGUUUGCACAAUGCAAGAGGAGCACAGCGAAUCCCACUCUCGCGGCGGCGUGCGCAGAAAAUUGCAGGACUGAGCCUUUACCCUUCACUUUUUAUUUCAUCAAAAUGCGACCGAGCGGCCGAGCGAGGCGUGGGGGGGGGUGGGGGGGCACGGCCCUUAACUUGAUUCCUGGAAACUACACGACGGCAUGACGGGGCCAAGUCUGUCCGUGACGCCGCAGUGAACGGUGACGUCGGGCCCCCCCCCCCCAGCGUCUUGUCAAGCGCGGAGCUACGGCGGCCGUGACGAUGACGAGGAGGACGAGGGUGGGAUUGGAGCGGCAGUCGUCCGUCCACGCGCACACACACACGCGUGUGUUCCCGCACUCGUCGGGGAAGGGGAAACCAAGACCCUCGCCCACCUGAACCUGAAUCCGGCCCGAACCUUAAACCCUUAUCCAGGCUUCGACCCCCAACCCGGGCCCUGAUCCUGGUCCUAACCCAUAACUGUGACCCCAACAUUGCGGCUAAGACUCGUCCUGACCCAAACCCGAACACUUACCCCCUAACCCUGGCCACAAGUGAUCCUCAUCUCAACCCCUUGCUUGCUUUUAACCCAACCCUGCCCUUAACGCUAACCCCAAACCCGACCCUCACACUGAUCCUGCCCAUUGACCCCCCGCUCUGACAUGCUGCCCCCCCCCCCCCCCCCCGAGCCUUUUGGGGAGUCACACCGAGGCUCGAAGAAGCACAGUCGCACAAAGCGCGCGGUCAAUGCAUCCCCCUUCACCUGCCAGCACCUGCCAGCACCUGCUGCGAGAUCCCUGGGGGGAGGGCGGGCGGUAGGGUUAGGGGUCAGGACAAGUUGGCAUGGCAGGGGGGCCGCCCUUUGGCUGAUGAAACUCGUUCUGUGGGCCCGGUUCCGUUGUGAGAUUUUUCCGGUCGCUGUACAGACGAAACCAAGUGUUGACUGCUGUGUGUGUUGUGUGCGUGUGUAUAAUAAUUAUUGUUGUUAUGAUCGUUACUGGUUCUAUAUCGUCAUUGAUUUUAUUAGCGAUGGAGAUUCUAGCGAUGUGCUUGUGUUUCAACGAGACGCGCGCGUUUUUAAGUGUGAAUGUGAACGGUUCGGGGUGGGUGUGUGUGACUGUGUGAGUGUGGUCAGGGGGGAAACGCCUCCCAACACUCAUUGUGGGUUAACUUUGUAAAAAUGCUGGGCAGCCCGGAGAUGGGUACACUUUGUAAAGAUGCUGGUUGCCAUGGCAAGCCUGGAUAUGGGUACACUUUGUAAAGAUGCUGGUUGCCAUGGCAAUACGGAGAUGGGUACACUUUGUAAAGAUGCUGGUCGACCCGGAGAUGGGUACACUCUGUAAAGAUGCUGGACAACCCAGAGAUGGGUACACUCUGUAAAGAUGCUGGGCAACCCGGAGAUGGGUACACUUUGUAAAGAUGCUGGGCAACCCGGAGAUGGGUACACUUUGUAAAGAUGCUGGUUGCCAUGGCAAGCCUGGAGAUGGGUACACUUUGUACUGGUUGCCAUGGCAAGCCUGGAGAUGGGUACACUUUGUAAAGAUGCUGGACAGGCUGGAGAUGGGUACACUCUGUAAAGAUGCUGGGCAACCCAGAGAUGGGUACACUUUGUAAAGAUGCUGGUCUGUUCGGAGGUGGGUACACUUUGUAAAGAUGCUGAACACCCCGGAGAUGGGUACACUUUGUAAAGAUGCUGAACACCCCGGAGAUGGGUACACUUUGUAAAGAUGCUGGUCUGUUCGGAGAUGGGUACACUUUGUAUAGAUGCUGAGCAGCCCGGAGAUGGGUACACUUUGUAAAGAUGCUGGACAACCCAGAGAUGGGUACACUUUGUAAAGAUGCUGGGCAACCCGGAGAUGGGUACACUUUGUAAAGAUGCUGGGCAGCCCGGAGAUGGGUACACUUUGUAAAAAUGCUGGUCUGUUCGGAGAUGGGUACACUUUGUAAAGAUGCUGGUCUGUUCGGAGAUGGGUACACUUUGUAAAGAUGCUGGUCUGUUCGGAGAUGGGUACACUCUGUUAAGAUGCUGGUCUGUUCGGAGAUGGGUACACUUUGUAUAGAUGCUGGUUCGCCUGGAGAUGGGUACACUUUGUAAAGAUGCUGGACAACCCGGAGAUGGGUACACUUUGUAAAGAUGCUGGGCAACCCGGAGAUGGGUACACUUUGUAAAGAUGCUGGGCAACCCGGAGAUGGGUACACUCUGUAAAGAUGCUGGGCAGCAUGGAGGUGGGUACACUUUGUAAAGAUGCUGGUUGCCAUGGCAAGCCUGGAGAUGGGUACACUUUGUAAAGAUGCUGGACAACCCGGAGAUGGGUACACUUUGUAAAGAUGCUGGUUCGCCUGGAGAUGGGUACACUUUGUAAAGAUGCUGGACAACCCGGAGAUGGGUACACUUUGUAAAGAUGCUGGGCAACCCGGAGAUGGGUACACUCUGUAAAGAUGCUGGCCAACCCGGAGAUAGGUACACUUUGUAAAGAUGCUGGGCAGACCGGAGAUGGGUACACUUUGUAAAGAUGCUGGACAACCCGGAGAUGGGUACACUUUGUAAAGAUGCUGGGCAGCACAGAGAUGGGUACACUUUGUAAAGAUGCUGGUUCGCCUGGAGAUGGGUACACUUUGUAAAGAUGCUGGACAACCCGGAUAUGGGUACACUCUGUAAAGAUGCUGGUUGCCAUGGCAAGCCUGGAGAUGGGUACACUUUGUAAAUAUGCUGGGCAGCCCAAAGAUGGGUACAAUUUGUAAAGAUGCUGACGGGCAUAGCCAGCCAGAAGAUGGGUACACUUUUUAGAGAUGCCGGCUGGCCCAGAGAUGGGUACACUUUGUAAAGAUGUUGGCCAGCCCGGAGAUGGGUACACUUUGUAAAGAUGCUUAUGUGCAUGGUCAGCCAAAAGAUGCGACUCUUUGUAAAGCUGCUGGUGGUUACAGCCCUUCAAUGAGUAACACUUUGUAAAAAUUAUAUUAGGCUUGGCCACUCAUGCUGUGGGUGACACUUUGUAAAGAUGCUGGUGAGAGUGGCUAGACCUCGUGAUGAGCGGUGCCACACCCGUGAUUUGGGUACACUUUGUAAAUGUGCAGCGCCCCACGCUUGCCCCUUGUGGUUUAAGGCGCGGAUGUCAAUACUGCCCAGCGAGGCGUCGUGACACCCAACGCAAAACCGACUUAUUUUUGUUGUUCUUUCGGUAAAGUCACGUAGAAGGGAAGUAAUAAAAUAAUUAAAAUAAAACAUAAUAAAAUAAUUCUCACGACGUUUCGGCUACAACGCAAGCAGCCGUCUUCAGGUGAAGAAUGUUUUAUUUUUAUUAUUUUAUUACUUCCCUUCUACGUGAUGACUUUACCGAAAGAACCAAGAAGAUGAAUCCCUGCAGUCACGAAAGCUUUAAAUCGAAAUUUGACUUAUUUUUGGUACGAAAUCCUUGGUACGUGGACAGAGUGGAUCUCCGCUCUCCCCCCCCCCCCUAAUUUGUUAAGACUUGGUACAGCCCUGACGGGGGGAGGGGGAGUGGUCCAAGACUCCAAGCUGAGUGAGAUCAUAGUGAGUGAUCGGACUGUAUCAUUUGUUAAGUUGUCAGGGGGUGGGAGGUCAUGUCCGCCGUAACUCGUGCACUUGAUUAAAUCACUCAUCGCCACA